GGCGGUUCGCAGAGCUACUGAAGAUGAAUGCCAGGGGACUUGGAUCUGAGCUAAAGGACAGUAUUCCAGUUACUGAACUUUCAGCAAGUGGACCUUUUGAAAGUCAUGAUCUUCUUCGGAAAGGUUUUUCUUGUGUGAAAAAUGAACUUUUGCCUAGUCAUCCUCUUGAAUUAUCAGAAAAAAAUUUCCAGCUCAACCAAGAUAAAAUGAAUUUUUCCACACUGAGAAACAUUCAGGGUCUAUUCGCUCCACUAAAAUUACAGAUGGAAUUCAAGGCAGUGCAGCAGGUUCAGCGUCUUCCAUUUCUUUCAAGCUCAAAUCUUUCAUUGGAUAUUUUGAGGGGUAAUGAUGAGACUAUUGGAUUUGAGGAUAUUCUUAAUGAUCCAUCACAAAGUGAAGUCAUGGGAGAGCCACACUUAAUGGUGGAAUAUAAACUCGGUUUACUGUAAUAGUGUGCUGUUCAUGGAAACUGAGGGCUGCAUCUUGUUUAUAGUCGUCUUUGUACUGUAAUUUGAUGUACACAACAUUAAAAGUACUGACACCUGAGAA